AUGGAUGUUUUAAUGAAUGAGAACAUCAAGAAAUAUGUAAGCAAUAAAGCAAUUAAAAGAAUUACACAAAUGGCACAGAAGAUUCGUAACAACAUUGUGGAGUGUAUCAAUGAAAAUAUGAGAAUGGAAGAAGAGAAGAAUCAAGAAACAACAACACCACCAGAAAUGACAAAUAUUCCAAUCAGUGAAGGAAACAAAACAGAAGAGCAAGAGAGUCCUAAAGAAACAGAAGAAGAGAGAGUGAAUAGGGAAUUUGGAGAGAAGAUGAGAAGUCUUGAAAUUGAGUUAGACAAAAUCAAAAGAAAAUACAUUGCAUUCAAAAAGGUUUUUGAAGAACAUGGGGAAGACGUAGAAUAUUUGAUGAAACAAGAAAAGGCAGUGAAAGAAUGUGAAAACAUGAUUAAGAAUGGGAUUGAAGUGAAUGAGAUGAAUAUGAAAGUGUUAAUGGAUUUGGAUGGGUUUGUUGGAUUAAAUGAGGAGAAUCGUAAGAAAAGAAAGGAUUUAGUAAUUAAAAUACAGGAAGAAUUGGAUGAGAUUGAAGGAAUGGUCAAGAAGUUAAGAGUCACAAAGAUGAAAGUCGAGAAGAGAGUAGAAGAGAUUGAAAAACAAAAACAAACAAUGGAAGAAGAAAAAAGGAAAGAAGAAGAGGAGAAAAGAAAAGAGGAAGAAGAGAAAAAGAAAGCAGAGGAAGAGAAAGAAAAGGCAAUUGAAGAAUUAAAGAAAAAGAAAGAAGAAGAAAUGAAAAGAAAAAGUGGAAUAGGAAAACAACAAAACCAACGAUAUGUUAGACCAAAGAAAACACAAAGUGAAAAAGAAGAAGAAAGUAAGGAAGAAGAAGAAAAAGCAAUAGAACUAGAGAAGAAAAGUAAUUCAGAAAGAAUUAGAGAAAUGAUUGAUUGGAGUAAAAUGAAAAUGAAUGUUAAAUUCCAAGUUAGUGAUAGAGGAAAUAAUGUCAUUGUUUAUGGUACAAUAGCAGGAUUAAAGGAUGAAGACAUUGAUGUUAAUAUCACAAAGAAUGGAUAUUUGAAAGUUAGUGGAGUUAAAAAACCAAAUGACAAUGAAAUGAAUAUGAUUAUAAGAACUAUCAAACAACGAAUGGGCAAUAUAAGUGAUGAAGAUAUUGCAAAGAUUGCAAUGAAAUAUUGUAAUGGAAGAUUUGGAACAUUUAGUCAAUUAUAUGAAAUUCCAGAAGAUAUUGAUAUUAAGAAUAUUACAGUCAAUUAUGAUGAAGGAAUUCUUCAAGUAAAUUUACCAAGAAAACAACAAACAAGAAGAAGCAUGUAUCCAAGAUUUGGUAUGAAUGAUACAAU